AUAUGCUUGACUUUAUAAGCACUGGUCUAUGUCAAAGCAAACAUUUUCUAUAUAAAACGCUGAUAUAUAUUAACGGCGUGUCUACGAAAGAAAAGAAAGAAACGUAUCUAAGAAGAAGAGGAUAGAAGAGAUGCGAGAAGUCGCGCUAGCGCUAGCGAGCCGAGACGAGAACGAAACGGCGAAUCGAUCGUCCAGCGUCCGUGAGAGCGUCCUGCGCGCUAAUCGCUAUCCCGACGCUAGUAUUCGCCCGUACUUUGUCGUCGUCGGUUUGUCGCUCCGUGUAUCUCUCUCUCUCUCUCUCUCUCUUUCUCUUUUUUCUCUUUUUCUCUUUCUCUUUCUCUUUUUCUCUCUCUCUUCUUAUUCUUAAAUUUCCUUUCGAUACAAUUCGCCAGAAAUUUUCAAUCAGGAUUCGUAGAAUACGAUUCUUAUUUUAUCAUUUUUUGAGACCAACACCACCACCACCACCACCGCCACCGCCACCGCCGCAACUUGUUAGGGGAAAUGAGGGACGAAGUGAAGAUGGACGCGAAUCGGCUCAUCGCCGAAGUUUACAAGCGACCCGCGCUUUGGAACCAGAGACACAUAUCUUAUCAUAAUCGAGAAGUGACCAACCGCGUUUGGAUGGAAAUUGCAGCGAUCUUCAAGCUUCCCAAACCAGUAUUAAAGGCUAAGUGGAAAGGUCUGCGAGAUACAUUUCGUGCCGAGCUCAAGAAGGAUCAAGUUUACCGAAAGAGUAAAUAUCAUCGUAACAGACCAGUAUGGAUUCAUUUCAAGAGUCUACAAUUCUUGAAAGAGCAAAUGCUUCCAAGGCCACCGAUUUGGGAGCGUGGAAAAGCAGGUAUAGAUGGAGAUCACGGAUUAGGAGAAAACGACUCGGAAGGGAUGCUGACCAAGAAUGGUUCGUCGUUGAGCAGAAGUUUGGACGACAGGGAUGCACUGGCUGAUCAUUUAUUGUCGAUGAGCAGCGAAAAUGGAACGUUGAAGAUCGAUGGUAUCGAUCACCGAGUUGACGUCAAACAAGAACCGGAAGAGAGCUUCGAUAAUUUGGAAUUUCAAAAUGUGACAGAUAAUUUAGCGGACAAUGAAAUGAUGUUACAAAAUAUAUCACCCGAACAGGUGUUGAUGGGUGAGAGCGAUAAUGGUAUCGGACUAACGGUUGAUCCUCUCGAUGGUAAUCGUUUUGACGAUAAUUAUUAUUUCCUCAUGAGUCUUUUACCACACAUCAGAACUCUACCAGCCGAUCGAAGAAUGUUACUCAGAAUGCAAAUGCAAGAAUUAGUUUACAAGGAAGUUUAUAAAAAAGGUAACGACGAUGUCGAUGCCUCAUGAGAGAAGGAACUCGGACAAGCGUCGCCUACGACGCCAAAUUCAAAGAAAAAGAUGAGCGAACUUCGUGGAGAAUCGAAGGGAGAUUUGUCUUCACAAUCUUCAAGAAAGAAACCGUCUUCUUCGUCGAAAGCGGAAAAGGUCGCGUAGCGAAACGGAACGAAUAGAUAUAUAUAUGUGUGUGUGUAUACAUAUAUAUAUAUACGACAGUUUUACAGUUUUGUUCCUUUCUACGCGUGGAUUUCUACCUGAAGACAAUGACACUUUCCGUUUUGCUCGUAAAACCAUUGAAAUUGGCCGUGAAGAUCGGUAGAGAGUAGAAACGAAGACGACGGUAACAAGAUCGUUUAUGAAUUUUUAUGAAAAAUUUUUUAAAAUACGCGCACUUUUUUUUUUUAGUUAAUUCAUAUUGUCACUGUAAGAUGUCGCGUCUGAUGAUUUUCUUUUUUCCUUUCCUUUUCUUUUCUUUUUUUUUUUUUUUUCGUUGACACAUCAAGAUUCGUUUUUUUCCAAGGAAAUAGAAAUAAUUCGAUAUCGAUGCUCAACUCGAACCUUGCGUAACGGUUUUUCGAACGAGCGGAUGCACAAAUUUCUCUUAAACGAAAGUUCUUUGUGCCAUAAUUAGUACGUGUAUAGUACGAGGAGCGCACGAACGGGCUUCCAAUUGUUACUUUGCUUUUUUUCCACAUUAAUUUCGUCCAUCGACAUAUAUAGAUCGAUAUUAGUCGAUAUAGAAUGUAUGUAAAUAGAGAUAAUCGACGGAGGAACGAUUGGUCGAUUGUUGAUAUAUCACGUGCAAGGAUGUCUUAUGCGAGAUUGUUUGCGGAAAAAAUAUUGUCGAGCGUGUUAUUAUUAUUAACUCGAUGAUUAUAAAUAAUUUUCAAAUUCAAUCGCGUAAGCAACGAUGGUUAUUAUAGAACGUCUCAGUAUAUAUAGAAUAUCUAUUCUAUCGUAUUCCUUUUCUCACGGAAUUUACGUUAGCGUUGACCCCAACGUGCGUUGGAGGCAAUGAAAAAAGAAAAAGAAUAAGAAGAAGAGAAGGGAAAGGUAAAAAAAUAUCGAGCGAAAGGGAAGACAAACUAGGUCCUGGUCGAUAGCGUGGGAGUUAAAAUAUGUAUAAAAAGGGGUUCCGUAGGUUGAGAAUCACUGGUACGCUCGGUACCUGCAGGUACGAACGUGCAGCGUGCACCUGUGUGCCAAGAUGGACGCCAUGUAUAUACACUUGCGUGGCUCGGUAGUAGAAGUCAGUGCGCAUGCGCGACCGCUCGUGACCACUCGCGCGACUCCGCUCUCAGUCGGCCGUUUCGCUCGCUUUCGCGCUGCGACUCGCGUCGUGUUCGGUCGUCGCUCCUCUUCUCUUCCUCAGUUUGUCGUAGUCUCUUAUUCGUACGGUUGUUUGUUUCUCCGUUCGUUCGUUCUUUUGUUCGUUACAUAUAUCUUUUACCAUCGUCUCGCGGACCGUUCUUUCUAUGCUUCAAAUUCCUCUCUCUCUUUCCUUUUACCUCUCCCUCUUGUCCACUCGUUAUUACCGUUAGUCCAAAUGAAGCAUCUCCUUUUUUAUUUUCUUUCCUCGCACGAACGAACGGGGACGAGUCAAACGCACAGGUGUUUAUAUCAAUCUCUUGGCUGACAAGUUUCUACGGAAUAAAAGCGUUGCCAUCCUGUACGAAGCCAUUUACGAAACACAACGAACAUCACACAAUCUACAACAUUCGAAAAUAAAUCUCGUUUACUUAAAGUCGUGACGCGUACAUCUUUCUUCUGCAAUUGGAAUAUAUCUCGGAAAUAUAUAUUCUACUACUCUCUUCAUCCUUGGCUUGCAUCUUCUGAAUCACCGUUAUCUUCAUCAUUAUUUCAAGGUGAGUCGACUCUCGUAACGUCUUUUGGCGAAAAAACCUAUUUCUUUUUUUCCAAGGAAUUCUCCAAAUCAUCGGCCUUGACCUUCUUACCUUUCAAUGCUCUCUUUCUCUGCCUCUCUCUCUCUCUCUCUCUCUCUCUCUCUCUCUCUCUCUCUCUCUCUCUCUCUCUCUCUCUCUCUCUCCUCUUUCUUUUGUUUCUGUAAUUACGAUGCGCCGAAGAAAAUAAUUUCGGUGUAUUACUAUAUAACUAUAACGUGAUACGUAUACCGAGAAACUUUCAAUCUUUUAUUCUUUGGUAUAUUCGGACAAUAUCUUCUCUAAACGCGGCAGUUUCGAGAGGUGUGUGUGUGUGUGUGUGUGUGUAUAAAUAAAUAUGUGUGUCCUCUUUUGUUGCUACGUCUUUUGUUUCCGUCCGUUAUGUCGUCGCGUUUCAUUGGACCUUACUGAAACGAAGCCGUAAGACUGUCGGGAUCGAGUGAAUUUCGAGAGAAAGAAUUCCUGACCGUUAAUGUUCUUUGUAAAACUUCGUUUGGUAUCAUAAUACUCACCACGGAACCCUUUUAUAUUUUUCCAAGUGUCGGCAUUAUUUGAAUAGCUGUUUAGUGAAAUAAAAAUUUAUGAUGAUCAUUACCAUUAAUUAUUUUAUAGCUUUGUGUUCAUUCCGAUUAGGUGAUUGUAAAGAACGUUAUAAUGUAUUCGUCGUAUGCAAUAUUUUAAGUGUAUGUAUGAAUUGUAUGUAUGUGUGUAUGUACGUAUGUUUGUAUGAUACGAGCGUGGUACACCAGUGUUUAUCAUAAUCACAAGUGAGAAUAUUUUUGCAACGAUAUAUAAACGUCGGGAUAACAAGGUAACAUUUCGAAAACAUUCAAAUAGUUUCUCCUUUUCAAGCAUAUUACCUAUAGUUUUCCGAUUCGUAAAGUAUUCAAAAGAUAGAUGCAAUCUUUCACGAUUGUAUGUAAAUAAAGUUGAAAGAACAAG